CAUGCGCACUAUCGCAGGAACGUGGAUGUGCACGCGCGCGCACACGCACAAAAGUUUGGAUUUGUCGUCGUGAUUUGUUCCACGCACUUUGUUCCACUUCAAGCUGCGUGGAUUUCUUUCUCGAGGAGUCGUGGGAUUCUGUUGUAGUUUUAUUCUCGCCACUGAGCGUGGAUUUUGACGAAAGGAGUGGGGGAGACGGUCUGUCUGCGUGAAGCUUUUUGUUAUUGUCAAUCGUGUGAACCACAAAAAAGGCCCCCACAUGGACGGGCACCGCGUCGGCGGCAGCGCGCCCCCGGCCGGCCAGCAAGUGGUGCACGUCCGCGGCGACUCCCAGAGCGAGUUGGAGGCCCUGUUCAGCGCCGUCAUGAACCCGGCCAAGGCCGCCCAGCAGCCUGCCUCGCUGCCCAUGAGGAUGCGGAAGCUCCCUGACUCCUUCUUCAAACCGCCCGACCCCCGGACGCACUCCAGACAGGCCAGCUCGGACGGUGGCGCGUGCGCGUCCCUCACGCCUCACCACGUGCGUGCCCAUUCCUCACCCGCCUCACUACCCGUCAACAUGCCCGACGCAGCGACCGUGGCCGCAGCCGUGGCGGCAGCGGCCGUCAUCCCCGAUGACAUGCCGCUCCCGCACGGCUGGGAGAUGGCCAAGACGCCGACCGGGCAACGAUACUUUCUCAACCACCUGGACAAGACCACCACCUGGCAUGACCCCCGCCUGACACAACUCCAGUCUGCCGCCCCGCCGCACCCCGGCCCGUCCCCGGUCCACGCCCACUCCCUUAGCAACCCGGCCACGGCCAACACGCCGCCGAGCUGCAAUCCAGAUGCAGGUGGGCUGCCUGAAGGCUGGGAGCGGGCCGCCACUGCCGAAGGGGACGUGUACUACAUCGAUCACGUAAAUAAGAGCACCACGUGGCUCCACCCGCGUCUAGGCCUCCUAAGCUUGGUCAUGCAGCAGCGGAAGGAGAAAGAAAGACUGCGAUGCAAGCAACAAAUGCAGCUCAAGACGCAGGACAUAUCUGGAGGAGGAAGCAACCAGAUGUCGGCAGCCGUUGAUCUUGACAGGAACACGCUUGCCCCACCUGUGGAUGUCAGGAUUCGAGCGCCCACCUAUGAACCCACGCUGAACGGCGGCGCUCACUCUCGCAAUGAAAGCACCGACAGCGGCCUGAGCGUCAGCAGCCUGCCACGCUCAUCCGACCUGGCACUCGCUUCUGUGGACCACAUGGACACCGGUGAGUGCGUCGAGUCGCCGACUUUACAGGACUCGAUGCCCGUGAUGAACGAGAACGAAGAGCUGAUGCCCUGCAUCCCAGAGGGUCUGAGUUCAGACCUCCUGAUGGACAUGGAGACGGUCCUGUCCGGCUCACACAUGGACAGGGACAGCCUGCUCACCUGGCUAUAGAGACACCAUUUUGUGUCCUCUUCGAGAAGACUUUGUGUGGAUUGUUGACACUAACACGACAGAGGACUUCAUUUGCCAACACGUGACCAACGCCCAAUGCUACCCUCCUUGGCACCCUUGAAGUAAUCUCGCCUCAGGUGGUAAGAUGCCGGAAUUCUUCCUUUUUUGGGGGCUUUUGGAAGAAUCCACAUGGUCAACGGCCAUAUGUAUUAUGCUGAAGCCCAUUUGAAAGUCAGUUUUUCACAAUGAAAAUCGACAAAAUGACCAGAAGUAAUCCACAAGGUCAGAAAUGAUACACAGUCACAAUACUUGAGUCAUAUUCUUCAUGCAAUGGCUCUUCAUACCUGUUAUCCAUAAUAGUCACCACAUUGCACAGUCGAAAUAAAACAGCCAGAAAUAAUCCACAAAAGAUUCAUAACUGCCACCUUGCACAAAAUAGCAGAAUGCAGAAACACUAAUAAUACACAGUAAAAAAAAAAAAAAAAAUCUUGAAAUGAAGGGAAGGUGUUAAAGCAUUUAUCUAGUGAAGUAAUAGUAAGCAUUUAACGUAAAAUAUGUUGACUAUUGUGGUUUCUCAUACUGAGAGCCGUUCCUGAUGUUUCCUUCACCCAAUGAGCCACACCAGAGGGUUGAAAGAUUAGGAACGGCUAAGGAAGCAAAUGCACUGUUCUUAAUAUUAUGGUUUAGCCUUCUUGUGUGGGAUUUUAGGAGACGGCCAUUUUAAAGUUACAAUUAAAGGUACUACAGUACAACCUUUUAUCUUGCCAAUAAGCAGCAAAUGAAGACUUUUUUUAAGGUUGCUUAAUGGAGCAUCAAAAUUAUAAAUGUUGCGGUGUGUGUGAUUUAAAAAAAAAUAUAUGUAUAUUUACAUGUAUCGCUCAUACCCUUUCUGUCCAACACAAGUUUAUUUAUCUUAGGAUGAUGCAUGACACUCCCUGUUCUAUGAAUUUAUGUGUAACAUAAGCUUUAUCUAUUUACAGAGUUUUGUACCUUUUUAUGCAUGCGCUUUAUGUAUACAUUUAUUCUCACUAAU